GGAACCCAAACUAGACAUGUUACGAAUUACAAUCGAUUUCGGGCGGAGCAUGCCGGAUAGUUAAAAUGGGGUGGGUUUCGCACCGAUUCGGAGCCGGCCCACUAAAUCUAGAACACAUACGAAACUGGUGAGAACUCAAAACCCCCUCAACUGAACUGAACUUAACUGAGCUAAACUCCAACACCCCAAAUCCCAAUCUGUCACCCUUCGCCGCAGCUCGUCGUGUCGCCGCCAUGGAAGAGGAAGUGAGUGUAACUUGUCACCAAAAAGCUCAAUAGAAAUCCUGAAGCGAGACAGGUCUGGUCGUGUGAGAACCUUUAAGCUUGACUAGAUGCCGUCUCUCCCCGUUGUUCAAAGACUCUUGUAGAACUGGUUCUUAACCGUGACCUACAACGGAAUCUGGUAAAGACAUCAAAAUGAGAGAGACAAGGGCAGCAACACAGGGCGCUGCAGAAAAGAAGCAGUAGCAUCAGAGACGCAGUCAUAAUAAGAGCAGACCACUCAGAAGAGAGAGAGAGAGAGAGGAGAGAGGAGGGUUGCGUUGUAGCACCAGGGUCAUAAGGGGCUGUAAGUUUUAUCCAAGCACAGAAGAAUCUGCAUCCCAAUGGUCUUUUGCAAAAAUACCCCCCAAAACAAACCUAUGAGCCCAAGGAGAACAAACCUGCUUGCCUUCUCUCUGUCCCUUAAAUCUUCUUAAGCUGUUCAUUUUUCUUGUUCUUCUUGUUAUUUUUUCCUUUUUUUUUUUUUCCUCUUCUUUUACUGCUUGAUAUUUUCAGAAAAUGAUAAGUGCAAAUGCAAGUGCAAGAAACAGGUCUCCUUUCACUGCAACUCAGUGGCAGGAGCUUGAACACCAAGCUCUUAUCUUCAAAUACAUGGUCUCAGGAGUCCCCAUCCCACCUGAUCUCAUAUAUUCUGUUAAAAGAAGCUUGGACUCCUCAUUCUCUUCAAGACUCUUCUCUCACCAUCCUACAGCUGGGUGGGGAUGUUUUGAGAUGGGUUUUGGCAGAAAAGUAGACCCAGAGCCUGGUAGGUGCAGAAGAACAGAUGGGAAAAAAUGGAGGUGCUCAAAAGAAGCAUACCCAGAUUCCAAGUACUGUGAGAGACAUAUGCAUCGAGGCAGAAACCGUUCAAGAAAGCCUGUGGAAGUUUCUUCAUCAUCUACAACCAUAACAACAGCUACGAAUGCUACAACUACUAUCACAAACCCUUCACCAGUCAUGUCAUCUGUCAACAGAGAUCUUUCUAGUACCACUCCAACAAUCUCUUCCUACUCUCAGCUUCCUUCAUCAAUGAUGUCCGAAUCACUUUCCCACCAUCCUUCUCACCACAACCCCUCUCUUUAUCCCUUUGCUUACCCUCACUCUUCAUCUUCUAGGCCUCCUGAUUAUGGUUUGUCAACUCAAAAUGCCAGCAACAACAACAACAGCAGUCCUUAUUUCUGUCUGAAAUCGGAAUCUUACAGUACUCAGUCCGAUAAAGAUUACAGGUAUUUUCAUGGCACAAAGGAAAGUAUGGACGAGCUGGCCUUCUUUCCUGAAUCUUCAGGAAAUGCAAGAAACUUUCCUGAGUCAUGUCAUUCUCUGAUGAGUUCCUACAGAGGCUACUCUCAACCACAGUUCCAAGGCCUCACAGACAAUUCCAAAGAACCCAUGAAGCAGUCAUCCGAGGAUCAGCAACAUUGUUUCAUCUUGGGCACUGAUUUCAAAUCAGAAAGAGCAAAUGAAAGUGCCGUCAAGGAAGCUGAUACCCAAAAGCCACUCCAUCACUUCUUUGGGGAAUGGCCACCAAAGAACACAGCUGCAGAUUCCUGGCUUGAUCUUGCUUCCAAUUCCAGAGUACCCAAUGAUGGUUAAAGUCUCAAGCCUCAAUAAUGGUUUCUCUCCAUCAAAGGCCAAAAGAGUACUUUGGUCAUGGACCCUCGUGGGUCAAUAUACUUUUUUCAUGUUUUGAAUUUGUGGCUAGGGAGCGUUUUUUAGGUUUUGAUCGUCGAAUAAUGUAGGGCCACAGGAGGAUCCUGUCUUUUCUGCUACAAUACUUAAUAUCUUCAAUAUCCCUUGUAAGGAACAUGUCUGAUAUUUUGAGGUUUGCUUGUUUGACCGGAGACAUAUUCUAUAUGCUUUGGGGCCUCUAGGCUCUCUUCUCUACAUACUGUGCCUUCUAAUUAUCUGAAAUGGUAAGCUGUUUUUUUCUCUUUUUCCUUGA